AUGGGUAUCUCCGACUUUUUCUCCGACAUCAUCUCCUCCUUCAGCCUCCCCGAGGCCCAGGCUGAGGCUCCCGCUGAGAACGUUGAGCAGUCCAGCAGUCAGGAGACCGAGACCGAGGAGAAGCCUGCUGUGACCGAAGAGUCGAGCGAAGAGACCGCCGAGAAGACUGAGGAGUCCGCCGAGGAGACUCCUGAGGAGCCUGCCGAGGAGGAGCCCGAGCAGGAGGAGGAGGAAGAAGAGGAAGAGGAAGAGGAAGAAGAAGAGGAGCCUGAGGACAUCAAGCCCCAGCUCGAGGAGGAAUGUGCCAACUCCGCUCAGUGCGCCCCAUACAAGCACCACUUCGAUGAGUGCGUCGAGCGUGUCACUCAGCAGCAGGAGGACGCCGACUACAAGGGCCCCAAGGAGGACUGCGUUGAGGAGUUCUUCCACCUUGCCCACUGCGCUUCCGAGUGCGCCGCUCCCAAGCUCUGGAAGUCCCUCAAAUAA